AUGGCGGAGGAGGAAGACGACGUUGCGGCGGCGGAGGCGGCGAUUGAGGAACGGUGGAGUCUCUACGAGGCUUACAACGAGUUACACGCUUUAGCGCAGGAAUUGGAGACGCCGUUCGAAGCACCGGCGGUGCUUGUGGUCGGACAGCAGACGGACGGUAAGAGCGCGCUUGUGGAAGCUCUCAUGGGGUUUCAGUUUAAUCACGUCGGCGGUGGAACUAAGACUCGCCGGCCGAUUACUCUUCAUAUGAAAUACGAUCCUCAGUGUCAGUUCCCGCUUUGUCAUCUCGGUUCCGAUGAUGAUCCUUCCGUUGCUCUCCCCAAAUCUCUCUCGCAAAUUCAGGCAUAUAUUGAAGCUGAGAACAUGAGGCUGGAGCAAGAGGCAUGUCCAUUCUCUGCCAAGGAGAUAAUUGUGAAAGUGCAGUAUAAGUAUUGUCCCAACCUUACUAUCAUUGAUACGCCUGGACUUAUAGCUCCUGCACCGGGACUGAAAAACCGAGCACUACAGGUUCAAGCACGGGCUGUGGAAGCUCUAGUUCGAGCAAAGAUGCAACACAAAGAGUUCAUCAUUUUAUGCCUUGAAGAUAGCAGUGACUGGAGCAUUGCAACUACUCGAAGAAUAGUGAUGCAAGUUGAUCCUGAGCUUUCUAGGACAAUUGUUGUUUCCACAAAGCUUGACACCAAAAUCCCUCAAUUCUCAUGUUCAUCCGACGUGGAAGUUUUCCUCUCACCUCCUGCGAGUGCACUCGACAGCUCCUUAUUGGGCGAUUCCCCUUUUUUCACGUCUGUGCCUUCUGGAAGAGUUGGCUAUGCACAGGAUUCACUGUAUACGUCUAAUGACGAGUUCAAACAGGCUGUAUCACUUAGAGAAAUUGAAGACAUUGCAUCUUUAGAGAAGAAGUUGGGCCGUUUGCUGACAAAGCAGGAAAAGAAUAGGAUUGGCAUCAGUAAACUGAGGUUGUUUCUUGAAGAACUACUCUGGAAAAGGUACAAAGAGAGUGUUCCAUUAAUCAUUCCACUUUUAGGAAAGGAGUAUCGCAGUACAGUCAGAAAGCUGGAUACAGUCAGCAAGGAACUAAGCUCUUUAGAUGAAGCAAAACUCAAAGAGAGAGGCAGGACUUUCCAUGAUCUAUUCUUAACCAAGUUAUCGCUGCUACUGAAAGGAACAGUUGUGGCCCCUCCGGAUAAAUUUGGUGAAACAUUGCAAGAUGAAAGGACGCAAGGAGGAGCGUUUGUUGGUACGGAUGGUCUCCAGUUCCCACACAAGCUUAUACCUAAUGCAGGGAUGCGUCUUUAUGGUGGUGCACAAUAUCACCGUGCCAUGGCUGAGUUCCGUUUUUUAGUUGGUGCUAUCAAAUGCCCCCCAAUAACACGGGAGGAAAUUGUAAAUGCAUGUGGAGUUGAGGAUAUUCAUGAUGGAACUAACUAUUCCAGAACAGCUUGCGUUAUAGCAGUUGCAAAGGCUCGUGACACUUUUGAACCUUUUCUUCAUCAGUUGGGAGCCAGGCUUCUACACAUUCUCAAGAGAUUGCUUCCAAUUUCUGUAUAUCUUCUUCAGAAAGAAGGUGAAUACUUAAGUGGGCAUGAGGUGUUUCUCAAGCGGGUUGCUUCAGCUUUCAACAGUUUUGUGGAGUCCACAGAAAAAUCAUGUCGUGACAAAUGUAUGGAGGAUUUAGCAAGUACGACUCGCUAUGUUACGUGGUCUCUUCACAACAAGAACCGAGCUGGUCUACGUCAARUCUUGGACUCAUUUGGCGGAACAGAGCAACUUACUACAUCAGGUAAUCCCAUAGGAUUUAGUCUUCCUCAAGAUGCACCAGGCAGCACAACAGAGACAAAGUCAAGAUCAGAUGUAAAGCUAAGCCAUCUCGCGUCAAACAUCGAUUCAGGUUCAAGUAUUCAAACAACAGAAAUGCGGUUGGCUGAUCUUCUAGAUAGCACGCUUUGGAACCGCAAGCUUGCUCCUUCCUCUGAGAGAAUUGUCUACGCAUUAGUCCAGCAGAUAUUCCAGGGCAUACGAGAAUACUUUCUAGCCUCAGCUGAGUUAAAGUUCAACUGUUUUCUUCUAAUGCCCAUCGUGGAUAAGUUGCCUGCACUUCUCCGGGAAGAGUUGGAAAACGCAUUUGAAGACGACCUCGAUAGUAUUUUCGACAUCACGAAUCUCCGGCAAUCACUUGAUCAAAAGAAACGGAGCACGGAGCUCGAGCUGAGAAGGAUAAAGAGGAUAAAAGAGAAAUUCAGAGUGAUGAAUGAGAAGCUAAACUCUCACGAAUUUGCUCAAAAUCUAAAGGCGCCUUCGUUGCAGCAGUGA